AGGCGCUGCUGUACUAUAAAUAAUGUAGACUCGACCAGAAAAGGCACAGUCACAACUCAGCCUUCGCGGUGUUGAAUUGGUUCUGAGCAAAAUGAAAUUUCUGAUCGCUUUCGCCCUGGUGGCAGUGGCCAGCGCAGAUGUCUCGCAUCUGUUCUCGCACAGCAACAACCUGCAGGAGGAUGGCUACCACUACAGCCCGCCCCGUGCCCCCGUCGUCAUUGAUGUGCCCUACGUGCCACAUGAGUCUGCCCCACCAGUAGUGGUGUAUGAGGCACCCAAGCCCAAGCCAACGCCCGCCCGCCCCGUCUACACCGCCCCCCCGGUGGUCCACCACCCCACGCCCGCUGGCGUCCUCAAGGACGAUGGCUACCACUACGGCCAGCCCUCGGUGAAGUUCGAGGUUAAGGCUCCUCCCCCACCAAAGGUUGAGUACCUGCCUCCCGCACCCACCAAGAAGGUGUACGUUGCCCCACCACCAGUGUACGUGCCUCCCCCAACCAAGAAGGUCGUUGUGUACACCCCACCCCCACCACCACCACCGAAGAAGGUCGUGUACACCCCACCCCCGACUGGCAUCCUCAAGGACGACGGCUACCACUACGGCCAGCCCUCUGUGAAGUUCGAGGUUAAGGCUCCACCCCCACCAAAGGUUGAGUACCUGCCUCCCGCACCCACCAAGAAGGUGUACGUUGCCCCACCACCAGUCUACGUGCCACCCCCCACCAAGAAGGUCGUGUACACCCCACCCCCAACCAAGAAGGUCUACGUCGCCCCCAAGGUCGAGUACCUGCCCCCUGCAGAAACCAAGAAGGUCGUCGUCUACACCCCACCCCCACCACCACCGCCGAAGAAGGUCGUCUACACCCCACCCCCGACUGGCAUCCUCAAGGACGACGGCUACCACUACGGCCAGCCCUCGGUGAAGUUCGAGGUCAAGGCUCCUCCCCCGGUCUAUGUGCCACCCCCACCAACCAAGAAGGUGUACGUUGCCCCGCCCCCAGUGUAUGUGCCACCCCCAACCAAGAAGGUCGUCGUCUACACACCACCCCCACCACCACCACCGACCAAGAAGGUGUACGUGGCCCCCAAGGUCGAGUACCUGCCCCCCGUGCAGAAGGGCUACAGCUACCCCAACGACCCCCAGCCCUCGUUUAACUACUAGGCUGAUCCAGCACAUUGUAAAUACACAGAUUAAGUAUUAGCCAUAUUUGUGAACGAAUUGUGAAUGAGUGGCUUGGCCUUUCGCAGGAAAGCCGAAUCCACUUCGAAUAAACGUGAAAAUAAAAAUCUUUCGAUUUUAAA